CCUGUUACGCCUGCCUGGGGGACACACCUUUUGGAACCUUCUCUUGUCCUCUGCAAUGCCAGGUUAAAACGCUCAACCCCACAUACUGGGUACAGACCUGUCCGUUUCUGCUGCUUAGAGGAAGAGACCUCAUUUGCUGGGGGUCAGCAUGUCGGCUGCGGUCUUGGAGAAUCGAGCCUUCUUCGGCCGGAAGCUUUCUGAUUUUGGACAGGAAACAAGCUAUAUUGAAGACAACUCCAAUCAAAAUGGUGCCAUAUCACUGAUAUUUUCUCUCAAAGAAGAAGUUGGUGCCCUGGCUAAAGUCUUGCGCUUAUUUGAAGAGAAUGAUAUUAACCUAACUCACAUUGAAUCCCGACCUUCUCGUUUAAACAAAGAUGAGUAUGAAUUUUUCACCAAUCUGGAUAAACACAGUGUGCCUGCUCUAGCCAGUAUCCUCAAGAUUCUGAGGCAUGACAUUGGUGCCACUGUUCAUGAGCUUUCUCGAGAUAAGGAGAAGGAUACAGUGCCCUGGUUUCCAAGGACCAUUCAAGAGCUCGACAGAUUCGCCAAUCAGAUUCUCAGCUAUGGAGCCGAACUGGACGCUGACCACCCUGGGUUUAAAGAUCCUGUGUAUCGAGCGAGACGGAAGCAGUUUGCUGACAUUGCCUAUGCUUAUCGCCAUGGACAGCCCAUCCCACGGGUAGAAUACACAGAGGAGGAGAAGAAGACAUGGGGGACGGUGUUCAGGACCUUGAAGUCCUUGUAUAAGACCCAUGCUUGCUACGAGCACAAUCACAUUUUUCCGCUUCUGGAAAAGUACUGUGGCUUCCGUGAAGAUAACAUUCCCCAGCUGGAAGAUGUUUCUCAAUUCCUGCAGACUUGUACUGGUUUCCGUCUCCGACCUGUGGCUGGCCUUCUGUCCUCACGAGAUUUCUUGGGUGGCCUGGCUUUCCGAGUCUUCCACUGCACACAAUACAUCAGACAUGGCUCCAAGCCCAUGUACACGCCUGAACCUGACAUCUGCCAUGAGCUCUUGGGACAUGUGCCUUUGUUUUCGGAUCGCAGCUUUGCCCAAUUUUCCCAGGAGAUCGGCCUGGCUUCUCUGGGAGCACCUGAUGAGUACAUUGAAAAGCUCGCUACGAUUUACUGGUUUACUGUGGAAUUUGGGCUCUGCAAGCAAGGAGACUCCAUAAAGGCUUAUGGUGCUGGGCUCCUGUCAUCCUUUGGUGAAUUGCAGUACUGCUUGUCAGACAAACCAAAGCUCCUCCCCUUGGAGCUAGAGAAGACAGCUGUCCAAGAGUACACUGUCACAGAGUUCCAACCCAUCUACUAUGUGGCUGAGAGCUUCAGUGAUGCCAAGGAGAAAGUGAGAAACUUUGCUGCCACAAUCCCUCGGCCCUUCUCCGUUCGCUAUGACCCAUAUACCCAAAGAGUUGAGGUGUUGGACAAUACCCAGCAGCUGAAGAUUUUGGCUGAUUCCAUCAACAGUGAAGUUGGAAUCCUUUGCAAUGCUCUCCAGAAAAUAAAAUAAAUUCAGCAACAGAACUUGAUCUUACAGCUGAGAAUCUUCAGAUAGAAAUCUAACUACUUCUUGUGUCUGUAAAAAUUCGGACAGAAAAAUCUUGCAUUGAAAUAUCAGCUUUAAGUCCUUUCUGGAACAAAAUGAAAGGUCACCAAAUGAAUCAAAAUAAUCCAAAGUAACAGUCUAUUAAUAUUUAACCAGAGCAUAAUGGUGGGUAUUUUAGUCAGCCUUGAUUUAGAGAUGAGAAUCUCAUACUCUCAAUGUAGUCAUAAUUGUAAUCAUUCACAUUUCAGAUUAAUUAAAAUUUGUGAAGCAUUAUAUAUGCUCUUAUUAUCUUCUACAAAAAUUCCUAAUAGAACAUAUAAGAUUAAAUGUGAAACACUUGAUACUCAUUGGACUUGAACUUUGUGGUUUACUCAAAUUCUAAGAAGUUCAAUUUCUAUUUGCAUUAACUGUGAUUCCAAUUACUGCUUUGCUAUUGUGCCUAUGUAAAUCUCAUUUAAUUUAAGAACCAUUAAAAUAGUUGCAAACAAUAAAGUUUUAUAACAUUAUAU